UGUGUUUGUGUUUGUGUUUGUGUUUGAUCCAUGGCAAUGGCUGAGAAUGGUGGAGUUGUCUCCAAAUGCACUCCAAGGAGGAGCUUCCGUUUCAGACAUCCCAAUCUCCGAAAUGUUGCCAGAAUCCCUCUCUUUAAAAACGCCGCCCUCUUCACUCGCUCCCCAUCCACCAUUCUCAGCAUGAGUGCACAAGGGAAAUCAAGGCCUUCGAUAUUGUUGUCUACAAGACAUAGGAGGAUACCCAUAUAUGUGAUGAUGCCUGUAGAUGCAUUCUGCAUUGAUGGUUCUGGUAUUCCAAGGAUUAGGAGACUCAAGGCCUUGGCAGUAUCUCUAAAAGCACUCAAGUUAGCAGGUGUCCAUGGAGUUGCAGUUGAGGUUUGGUGGGGGGUCGUAGAACGUUUCUCUCCCCUUGCAUAUGACUGGUCUCUAUAUGUUCACCUUUUUAAGCUGAUUUCUGACUCAGGAUUGAAGGUGCAUGUUGCCUUGUCCUUUCACUCAAAUAUAAACUCUUCUUCUAGCAGAAAUGUGGGUGUAAGUCUUCCGCUUUGGAUCAGGCAGAUUGGUGAUAUCAAUAAGCAUAUAUACUAUCGAGACAAAAAUGGGUUCUCCAGUGAUGAUUAUCUUACGUUAGGGGUUGAUCACCUUCCUCUGUUUUGUGGCCGGACUGCCCUUCAAUGUUAUGAAGAUUUUAUGACCAGCUUUGUUAAGAAAUUUGAAUCUCAUAUUGGAUGUGUGAUCGAGGAAAUUUGUGUCGGUCUUGGUCCUUCUGGUGAACUUAGGUAUCCUGCACAUUUUGGUGACGGUAAAUGGAAGUUUCCUGGAACUGGCGAGUUCCAAUGCUAUGACAAGUACAUGCUGGACAACCUAAAGAUGGCUGCAUGCAAGGAAGGGAAGCCUCAAUGGGGACAUAGGGGACCACUAAAUGCUGGCUGUUACAACAGUCUUCCAUCUGGAGCUCCCUUCUUUGAAGAAGGAGAGGAAAGCUUUCUUUCUGAUUAUGGGUGCUUUUUCCUUGAAUGGUAUAGUGGUUGUUUGCUUGGUCAUGCAGAUGCUAUUCUUGAAAAGGCAGCUAAAGUUUUGAACAAGUUUAAAGAAAACAAGCAAGCUUCUGUUCUGUUAGUAGCUAAAAUUGGUGGAAUAUAUUGGUGGUACCAAACAGUAGCACACCCUGCUGAACUCACAGCUGGAUACUACAACACUGCUCUUAGGGAUGGUUAUGAUCCUGUUGCUUUAAUUUUGUCUCGUCAUGGAGCUGCUUUGCAUGUCUCUUGCUUGGAAAUGAUGGAUGAUGAAACACCAGAAUCCUUUCUUUGCAGCCCAGAAGGAUUACGGAAACAGAUAUGCAGUGCUUCAAAGAAAAGGAUAAUACAUUUGAUUGGAAGAAACACCAACGAACGAUAUGACAGGGUUAGUCUAUGGCAAAUACAUGCCAACUGUUAUCAUUCUCAGGCCGAAGCUUUAAGAUCAUUCACUUAUUUUAGGAUGAAUGAUAAGAUCUUUAAGGCUGAAAACUGGAGUAACUUUGUUCCUUUUGUUAAAAAGAUGAGCACAAGUUGGUGAAGCACCUGAUAAGACCCCAUUUAACCUUUGACUGAGCGAUCUUCAGCAACAGUCACCCAUAAUAUUUUUCCUUUUGUUUUGUGUUGUUUCCUGGUUGUUUUGCCUUUUGUUUUUGUAAGGCAGAACACAGCUUUGUAACUCUGUUGUAUGGUGACUUAAU